CCACCCAACUGAAUCUACUUAACAACACCAUGAACAACUUUGGUGUCAUCGAGAUCGCCAGCACUACAACGAAGAGCACGCCGGGAUGGGCCUAUGUGCCGGACACAGGGCCAACGUUGCCCGCCGCGCUGCAGCCCACAAACCGGAAGCGGGCCGCACGAAAUCAGCCCGCCCUCAGUCUGUCUGAUCUCUCAGCGCGCGAGGAGACGAGAAUUCGAAAAGAGCUCGAAGCCCUUGAUCGCGAUAAUCCCAGGGAUUUAAGCAUCCCGAUUCCUCCGAAGCCAGGGGGCAGCGGCAGAGCCCAGAACAAGCACACGUCAAACGUGCGCAAGAUCCUGCAGUCGCAAAAGACAUUCGCCAACCACCUCGAUGACUAUCAGGCCAUGCUCGCGCUGGCCGAGACUAACCCCGCCGCAGCAGCCGCCAUGAACGCUGCGCUGGCGAAGCCAUCCACCCCCACAACGGCUACCGCGAAGAGCGCCUCUCCCGCACCGACCCAGUCCCCCUCGGCAGCCGGCGGGAGCAAGCGCUCAGCAGCAGCCGCGAAAAGGGCAGCGGCAAAGGAGAAGCAGGAGCAGGAGAAGGAGCGGAAGCGGCCAGCGAAGCAGCAGCCUCCCAAACCUGACCCUUCCCCAAGCACACAGGACUCACCGGCCCCGCCUGCACAGCCGCCCGUACAGAACGAUGGAGCCACCGCCGCCGACGUAGAAAUGCCCGACGCACCCCCGGCCACCGGCACCAAUACCUCGACGACAACAACAACAACAACACCCCCAGCGACAGCCCCGCAACCGCAACCGCAACCGCAAACCUACCCGCGCGAAUCCCUCAUCCUUCCGCCGUACCAGAAACCCCCGCCGCGCCCGCACACGGGCGACAACGACCCGCUGCUCGUGUCGUACGUGCCGCCGUUCCCAACCGACGACGAGCUGCGGGCGCUCAUGACGGCGCCGCCGCUGAGCUACCUCGAGGCGCGCGCCAAAUGGGGAGACGGCGGCGGCGAGGAGGCCCGGUACCCGCCCAGAACGUUCUGCGCCGUGUGCGGCUACUGGGGCAGGGUCAAGUGCAUGCGCUGCGGCACGCGCUGUUGUGCGUUGGACUGCCUUACGCUGCAUGGUGAGGAGUGUGUGGGGAGAUUUGGUGGGUGAGCGGUUGGUUUAGGGGGUGUAUUUAUGGAUGUGGAUUGCGGAAAUGGGUUGGGACGAGGGAAGUGUGGGAUAUACAAGGGACGCUUGUUGUUGGGGGAACAUCAGGUUGAUACCCUUUUCUUUUGGCGAGAAGUAUGCUGUUUCCAUGGGAUACGUGUUCCCGUUGCCAUGCAGGCAAUCUUUCUAACGGCGCUACCUUUGUCCUGUCGUUGUAUCUAACAUCUAGGUUAGACUUUCCCGAGUCCCGCUGACCUGGCGC